UCCGCUGACGUGAGCACUGACGAUCCUCCCAAGUGGCCUUUGGUUAGGUCCUAUAUGUCCUCAUAUGAAGUAAGUCGUUAUGUGCUUAAGUGCCAGAAGGAAAGAGACGAUGCCCUCCGCAGAGAGGAGUCAGCCCGGGACAAACUAAAACAUCUUGAAGUUUCCACUCGCAGCCAGGUCCAAGAACUAAAAAAUAAAGUAAAGGACCUGACCAGUGAGAAUAAAAGUCUUCAUAGGACUGUGAAGAAACUGCGGACAGAGGUGGGUCUGGAGGGAAAUCCCAAAUUCAAAGGCAAAGUGACAAAGGAUAUCAUCAAGGAACUGCAUGAAAUGCAGGAUCAAUGCUCCCAGCUGAAGGAGGAUAACCACCUGCUCUCUGUUCAGCUGCGGGAAAUGGUCCCAGCCAUUGCUCAGAACCACAAGCAGAAAGCAGAGCUGCAGACCCAGCUACAGGACGCUAAAAACCAAAUGGAAGAUCUAUCAAAUGAAAAUGCCCAUCUUUCUCAACUUCUGCAAGAGAGUUGCAAAGAGAAAGAGGACAUAGAGAGGACAUACCUCAUGUUCAAAAAAUCCAUCGAAGAUGCCAAGAAAGUUGUACACCGUUCUGUACAAACCACCACCUCGAUCCCUGUAACUUUACAACCCACUUACAAGAAAGUUUCCAGGGAAUCCUCUAGUUCUCAGGCAUCCCAGGUUUUUAUGGAGAAGAAAAAUACCUCUUCGGAAGCAAGUAUAUCUCCUCCAGUCUCUAAUGGCAGCACACCAAAGCCAUAUUACAAAACUGUGCGAAACCAGUCCUCAUAGGCAACC